CCCGCUGGGUGGUAGGCAGGCGAGUCCGGGAGGCGGCUGGCUGGUGGGAUGGCAGAUGAGGAGGAAGACCCCACCUUUGAGGAAGAAAGUGAAGAAAUUGGAGGAGGUGCCGAAGGUGGACAGGGUAAAAGAAAGAGACUUUUUUCUAAAGAAUUACGGUGUAUGAUGUAUGGGUUUGGGGAUGACCAGAAUCCUUAUACCGAGUCGGUGGAUAUUCUUGAAGAUCUUGUCAUAGAGUUCAUCACUGAGAUGACUCACAAGGCAAUGUCAAUUGGAAGACAAGGUCGGGUACAAGUUGAAGAUAUCGUCUUUUUGAUUCGAAAGGACCCAAGAAAGUUUGCUAGGGUUAAAGACUUGCUUACUAUGAAUGAAGAAUUGAAACGAGCUAGAAAAGCAUUUGAUGAAGCAAACUAUGGAUCUUGACACCUUUUGUACUUUCUGAAGCUUCCUUAUCUCCUGGGAAAAUCAUAUUUAAUAACCAUAUUUUCCAUAAUAAGGUCUUGAUGCUUAGCCACGUGAAUGAAAAAUGGAGACACAGUUUUCUGUCUUUGUUUUCAUGUCUUCAAUUUUAGAGUGAUAUUUGAGUCUUUGACUGCUCUUAUAUUACCAUACUUGGAUUACUUAAUUUGAUUUUAGUGACCACGGUUAAGUCAAAGUACCUUGCAAACGUUUCAGUUCCUUCUAGCUUUUGAUCAUCUAAAUGAUGAAGGAGUAUUUAUAUAUUAGGUAUAUUUGUGCCACUGUAGGCUGUGCUAUAACAGUUUAAUAUGUGAACUCUAAAUGGCACCUUUGAUUUUAUGAUAGCUAAGACAUAUCUUUCAUGUAUUCUAAAGAUUUUAGACUACAGUAGUCUGAAAAGUUAUUAAAAGAUGGUGAACUGAUUUGUAUUUCUUUUUUGUUGUUGAUUUUUAGGGCCACAGUAUGGAAGUUCCCAGGCUAGGGGUCACAUCGGAGCUGUAGCUGCUGGCCUACACCACAGCCACAGCAAUGUGGUAGUGUGGGAUCCUUAAACCACCAAGUGAGGCCGGGGAUCGAACCCACAUCCUCAUGGAUACUAGAUGGGCUUGUUACUGCGGAGCCACAACAGGAACUUCCUGGUUUGUGUUUCUUUUAAGGAGAAAAUGAAAUAUGAGAAAAUACAGCCUUUUGUAAGAGUGUUUAUUUGUCUGAAGAUUUUUUAAUACUUUUGUUUAGAUAAGAGCGAUUUUUUAUUUUUAUUUUUUGAGAAACUAAAAGUUUCAUGUGAAUGCAUGUUGGAAGGCUUAUUUGAUUUAAAACUUUUUGGGCUUAUAGUAUACUAUUUGUCAAGUUUUAAGAGAACUCAUUUUCCUAGGUCAGAUUAUAUCUUCUAAAAAUAAGUGCUUUCAGUAGCAGGAAUGGCACUGCUGAAAAAGCUGAUGGCAGGAUAAGCAUUUAGGGUAGUGUUUUAUUAACAUAUUUGUUAGUACUUGUUCAUUGUGAAAAUGUGUACUUGACUAAAACCAUAUGUGGCUGUGGAAACCACUUCUGUAGUUCAGGAUAUACAGGUUUUGUGUGUAUUUAGCCUAUUAUACUGCAUUUAGCUUAAAGUAAGGAUUAAAAUUGCAUUUAAAAGGAUCAUUGAAUAUUACUCUUUGUAUAACUUAAUGUUUUGUGUGCCACUUGUAAAACAUUAUCUAUGAAUCAGUACUUAGGAAAAUUUUACUUUCAUAACCUAUCAAUAUAAGGAAUAAAGUAUAAAACAUUUAAAAGA